AUGGUUGAAUCAAAUUCGGAUUUCGAAAGAUGUUGUCGGCUGUGUGCGGAGGAGCAAGAAGUUACCAUAAUGAUUUUCAGCAAGGAAGCUGAAGUCAUGCUACUGCAAAAUAAAUUAAAUAAAUACUUACUUAUAGAGGUCGACGAAGAUGAUAAAUUGCCGAAAAAUAUAUGCAUCCAAUGCUGUUCAAAGUUACAAAACGUAUGUGAAUUCAUUGACAAUGCACACAAGGCUCAGGAGGUUUUACUUAAGCAGAGUAUGAUGCUAGAAGAUAAUGAUGAAAAUAAACCUAUUUUGAUUACUGAAAUCAAAUCUGAAACGGAUUUCGACAGUGAUGCAAAAUGUAUGGAAGUCAACGUUGAUCCAAUGAUGGUUCUUCAGAAUUCAGAAGUAGAGGAGACACCAAAUUUAGAAAAAUCUUGUGAAUCCGUCGAACAUGAAGAUGAAAUAACUUACUUGAAUGGCGCUGAUGGAGAAAAUGUAACAAUCAAAUUAAUUAAAAAAGGUGAUAAAGUGAUUGAAGAUGAUAAAAAGGACACAAAGCCAUUUCAAUGCAUCACCUGUAAUAGGGGUUACUAUACAGAGUUGGCUCUGAAAAAUCAUUCGUGGAUACAUUUCAAUGAAGAUAAAAUAGUUAAACCAUACAAAUGUGGCUCUUGCGGCGACCAGUUUGAAUAUAAAAAUGAAUGGAUAUCACAUCUUAAAGAACACAGAUCAAGGGGAAUGUGCAAUAUAUGUGGACGACUGUGA